GUGAAAAGGGCCAGGGGUUGGAGGUGCAGUUGAGCACUGGGGCACAGCCACCUGUGGCAGACUUUCAGCAUUCAUCGCCCGCUUACCAACCCCGCAAUUUGUGGCUGACAGCCUCCAUCCGCAGAUACCCCAACCAGUGAUAACCUCAUCUCCCACAGUCGACAUCCAACAGUGGUGGGCUGCGAGGAGACCCUUAAGCUGUGUCCGCCUUGCCACCAACCUCAGUCUGGGAAUGCCGCUAUUAUCCGGCUCAAUAUGACCGAGAUAGUAAUGAGUCAAACCCCGCCAAUGCUCCAUGGACCCUCAGAGAAGGAGCGAAAGUACGAUCGUCAGCUCAGAUUGUGGGCGGCGAGCGGACAAGCGGCUCUUGAGUCUGCAAACCUCCUACUUCUGAACUCGGGGGCCGGCACAGUCGGCAUAGAGUCCCUCAAGAACCUCGUACUGCCAGGCAUUGGCCAGUUCACUAUAGUUGACAACUCCGUGGUCAAUGAGGCUGACCUAGGUGUCAACUUCUUUCUGGAUGACAGCUGUCUCGGCAAGUCAAGGGCACAAUGCUGUGCCGAGCUCCUCCUCGAACUCAAUCCAGAGGUUCAAGGCGACUGGUUUCCCAAAAAGGAGGGCGAUGUGGCGCUUGAGGCAUUCCUGGCAACCUCUCCCAUAUUCACACUGAUCAUGUACUCGCACCCCAUACGACAGGAAGAUCUCGCCGUCAUCGAGGCAUACGGGAAGCAACACAAAACACCAUUGGUGGCAAUCCACUCGGCAGGUUUCUAUUCAUAUUUCCGCAUCAGCCUGCCUGGUGCAUUCCCCAUCGUUGACACCCACCCGGAUGAGACUGCAACCACUGAUCUGAGGCUCUUGAACCCCUGGCCAGAGCUAACAGAUUUUGCGAGAGAAUUGACAGAGGACAUUGAUUCUCUUGACAACCAUCUUCAUGGCCACUUGCCCUUCAUCGCGAUAUUGCUGCACUACCUUGGUCUGUGGAAAGAGAGCCAUGAUGGCCAAUAUCCCUCCAGUUAUGCUGAGAAGACCGCUUUCCGCCGGCUGGUCCAGGAGGGAGCAAGAAGGGAUAAUCCCGAGGGUGGCGAAGAGAACUUUGACGAAGCAGUCGCGGCGGUCCUCAAGACCAUUGUACCCUGUUCCUUGCCUCCGAGUCUCAAGGAAGUAUUCGACCAUCCUCAUAUGAGCCCAGAGGAGCAAAAGUCGGGGUUCUGGGUCAUCGCAGAUGCUGUCAAGCAGUUCUUCGAGCAGCACAAGUGCCUACCGCUUCCUGGGAGCGUGCCAGAUAUGAAGGCUCAAUCGAGCGUCUACAUCAAGCUACAGAGCAUCUACAAGGCGAAGGCACGCCAAGACUUUGACGAGGUACUAAAGAUAGUCCAGGCCGCCCCGGGCGGCCGAGAUGUCGACGCAGCAGAAGUGGAACUCUUUUGCAAGAAUGCAGCCUUCGUCAAGCUCAUCAACGCCACUGGAGGGCCCAGAAAUACGACCGUGAGCGCUGAUCAGCUGGCCAAAGUCGCUACUGAGCAACUAGCGAACGACGAGAAUGCGGCCCUGCUGGCGAUGCCCCUGUCUCUGAUGCCCAUAUAUCUCGCACUGCAGGCAACGUCGCACGUGGCGAUGGCGAGUGCGGAGGAGAUACUUGCCAGUAUCGAGAAGAUACUCCCUGGAGCGGGUCAGGACAACCGCGUGGUCCAGGCCGCCCGGGAGGUGGCACGAGCCGGGGGUGGCGAACUGCACAACAUCUCCGCCCUGACUGGUGGGAUGGUGGCCCAGGAAAUGAUCAAGAUCAUCACCAAGCAAUAUAUCCCCAUCGACAACACGUGCAUCUUCGACGGCAUCGGCAGCCGGUGCCAGGUCCUUCAUUUAUGAAAGGCGCGAGCCUCAUUCGCUACUGUCAAAGCUACCCUGCUGCCCCCCUUGCCCCCUUGCCCCCCUUUCUUCCGAUGGACCACGUCUUGGCACUGGCUUUGUGGACGGGGGGCGGCUUUGAGGGGUUUUCGGGAAGCUGCAGAAGGCGAGAGGAACGGGGUGAUGGAGUGAUGGGAUAUGAGGGCCGCCCUGACGAAAACUGCCCAUUUUUGCUAAACCAGACCUACAGGUAGAACCGGAGCGCAGGGAACAAAGGGUAAUAACAGGAGAGUAGACAGGAUGCCUGGCCAACCGUUGCCAUCCGGCUAGAAGAGGAUUUUCGGCACUGGCGUCGCACUGUUAAUCAGGAACUGGUCUAGAGUCGUAACGUAGGUCUGUUAAAAAAAAAGUUGGAGAAGAGGACCAAGGAGAGGGGGGG